CAACCCGAAAACACCGUCAUCGCUCCGGUGCCGGAAUAUGUGGUCACAUCCACCAUGAACCGGUCGCAGUCAGUUCCCAAGACCGAGGCAGACAUGCUUUCAUACAACCAGUGACAGCAUGGCGCAAAAGUUCGACUUCCCAGCCGAAGCACCUCUGCGCCCGUCGCGCAAGCUCCGCUUUGCCGAUGUGGCCGUCACGGCAACGGCAAAGGAGUUCGCCGGCAUCUACCGCGGCAAGCAGCAGCACGCGCCCGACGUGGACGCGGUCCUGCACCGCGCCUCGUCCGCCGGCGUGGCCAAGGUGAUGCUGACGGGCAUGUCGCCGUCCGACGUGUCCUUCAACCUGGACGUGGCGCGGCGCCGCCCGCCCGGCACCACCUUUGUCACCAUCGGCAUCCACCCGUACCACGCCGCCGAACCAUGGGCCGAUGCCGCCGCCGCCUCCUCGGGGUUGUAUUUCGACCGGCUCGCCGCGACCAUCAGAGAGGUGCAGACCGGCAGCCCCGGCGUGCUGGCCGCGUUUGGCGAGCUGGGCCUGGACUACGACCGCCUCGACGUCUGCGGCAGGGACGAGCAGCUGCGCACGUUCAGGGCGCAGCUGGACGUGGUCGCGCGCGAGGCCUUCGACCUGCCGCUGUUCCUGCACUGCCGCGCCGCGUUUGCGGACUUUGUCGACGUGUUGACCCCGUACCUCCCCCGGCUGCCGCGCAGGGGGCUGGUGCACUCGUUCGUCGGGAGCAGGGAGGAGAUGGAGGUGCUGACGGGGCGGAUGGGGCUCGACGUCAGCGUCAACGGGUUCAGCUUCAAGGACGACGAGUGUCUGGACAUGGUCCGGCACGUGCCGCUCGAGAGGCUGCAGCUCGAAACGGACGCGCCCUGGGGAGAGGUCUUGCCGACCACGAACGCGGUCGUCGCGAGGUACCUGGCCAACGUGCCGCCGCCCGAGGUCCAGAGCAAGAAGAGGGACAAGUUCGAGAUGGGCAAGAUGGUCAAGGGGCGCAACGAGAGCUGCUGCAUAGAUCGCGUGGCGUACGUCGUUGCGGGGCUCAAGGGCAUCGGUGUGGACGAGGUUGCCGAGGCGGCUUGGAGGAACUCGGUGGAAAUGUUCCGCCUCGAGAGGGAUGUGGAAGAGGCGGCCGCUUGAGUACUGUGGCACCUUUUUUUGCGCUGACUUGUCGAAAGUUCAAAAGACAUCAUUAACGGUAUUCUUUGUGGCAACGGCAUACAUGGUUGCGUCGCUUGCAGAGUAGGUAUUGUGACUGCAUGGUCUCGAAAAGUGGCAUUUCAAAGAAAGACCAAUCGUUUUACACUAGACUAGACUAGACUAGGUCAAGAAAAGAAAACACAUCAAGUUUGGCAGUAA